UAUAGAGAAAGAGAUAGAGCUAGAGAUUUAGAGAGAGAGAGAUGGAGAACUCAGUGACCCAAGAUGGUAUCGCGACAGUAUUAUCAAAUCAAUCCCUUGAUUCUUCCUCUGUUCGACCCGAUAUCGUUGUUCAAGUCGUGGAUCUUAAGCCUGUCGGAAAUCGAUAUACGUUUAAUGCCAAUGAUGGAAAAAUGAAGAUGAAAGCAAUGUUACCAGCGACUUUGACAUCUGAAAUCAUCUCUGGAAAGAUUCAGAAUCUGGGUCUGAUUCGUCUCCUUGAUUAUACCGUCAAUGAUAUUCCAGGCAAAUCAGAAGAAAAAUACAUGCUUAUAACAAAAUGUGAGGCUGUUGCUUCUGCACUUGACUCAGAGAUUAAGGCGGAGAUUAAAGCUUCCACAGGCAUAACGUUGAAACCUAAGCAGGAGUUUGUUGCCAAAUCAGCUUCACAGAUAAUAAAUGAACAAAGGGGAAAUGCUGCACCAGCUGCAAGAAUGGCUAUGACCAGAAGGGUUCAUCCUCUUGUGUCUUUGAACCCUUAUCAAGGAAGUUGGACUAUUAAAGUUCGUGUCACUAACAAAGGAGUCAUGAGAACUUAUAACAACGCCAGAGGAGAAGGAUGUGUGUUUAAUGUGGAACUAACUGAUGAGGAAGGAACACAGAUUCAGGGAACAAUGUUUAACGCAGCUGCAAGAAAGUUUUAUGACAGAUUCGAGAUGGGAAAGGUUUACUAUAUAUCCAGGGGAUCGCUUAAGCUUGCUAAUAAGCAGUUCAAGACAGUUCAGAACGACUAUGAGAUGACUCUAAAUGAGAAUUCUGAGGUUGAAGAAGCUAGUAAUGAAGAAAUGUUUACUCCUGAAAUUAAAUUCAACUUUGUACCCAUUGAUGAGUUGGGUACAUACGUGAAUCAGAAAGACCUUAUUGAUGUUAUUGGUGUUGUUCAAAGUGUUUCUCCUACCAUGAGCAUUAGAAGGAAGAAUGACAAUGAGAUGAUCCCAAAGAGGGAUAUAACUUUGGCUGAUGAGUCAAAGAAAACUGUUGUGGUGUCCCUUUGGAAUGAUUUGGCAACUGGCAUAGGCCAAGAACUGCUAGACAUGGCUGAUAAUCACCCUGUUAUUGCGAUUAAGUCUCUCAAAGUCGGAGAUUUUCAAGGUAUUUCAUUGUCUACUAUCAGCAGAAGCAAUGUGGUGAUAAAUCCUGAUUCUCCAGAAGCUAAGAAGUUGAAAUCUUGGUAUGAUGCUGAAGGGAAAGAAACAUCUAUGUCUGCUAUUGGCUCUGGAAUGAGUUCUUCUGCCAACAAUGGAUCACGAUCCAUGUAUUCUGACAGAGUUUUUCUCUCUCACAUCACAAGCAACCCCUCUUUAGGCGAGGAAAAGCCUGUAUUCUUCAGUACUAGAGCUUAUGUUAGCUUCAUUAAGCCGGACCAGACAAUGUGGUAUCGUGCUUGCAAGACCUGUAACAAGAAAGUGACUGAAGCAAUAGACUCUGGCUAUUGGUGCGAAGGUUGUCAGAAAAAAGAUCAAGAUUGCAGUUUAAGGUAUAUAAUGGCGCUGAAAGUCUCCGACUCAACUGGUGAAACGUGGUUUUCUGCAUUCAAUGAUGAAGCAGAGAAGAUUAUUGGCUGCACAGCUGAUGAACUCAAUUAUCUAAAAUCAGAGGAAGGUGAAGUGAAUGAGUUUCAGACAAAACUGAAAGAAGCUACUUGGUCAUCUCAUCUCUUCAGGAUUGGUGUUUCUCAGCAAGAGUAUAACAGUGAGAAGAGACAGAGGAUAACUGUAAGAGGUGUUUCUCCAAUUGACUUUGCUGCUGAAACAAGAUUAUUGCUCCAAGACAUUUCCAAGAACAAGACAUCUCAGUAAUUCUAACCUUUUAACAUCUUUUGUCUGGCUUUUGUUGAACUAAAACUCCCAAACUAUG